UUUAGCAAUGAAGUUUAUUUUCACAAUUAUUUUAUUUCUUAGUGUAUUGGUGGAAUUUUCUUUUGAAUAUACUGCAAGUGUUCAUCGAAUUAGUCCAAAAGGCUUUCGUAUAAAGAGUUCAAGUACUCUCCUUUUCAUAGACAUUGUCGAUGACCGAAUCACAUAUGUGAUCUACAAUGUAAACAUCAACAGGACUCUGACACCGGACUUGCCCACUGACUUCGUUGCUGUUAUAACAGAAAGUAUUCUAGACCAAUGGGUCUAUAUCAAUUUAAAUGCGCGGGUAGAAGGAGGUAGCAAAAUUUAUUACCGAAUGGAUGUCUUUCAUGAUCCAUACGAUCCCAAUGCGAAAAAUAAGCCUGUGAGCAGUAUGGAAAAAGAAGCUGAACUUCCUUAUUACACAAUUGACAUAAGCGAACCUGUAGAAGAAAGGUGUGCUGCGCUCUAUAGAAUCAGUGAAAGAUGUCAACUUUCGGUAACAACAGUUAGCGGGCAAAGAGUCUGUAAAGAAAAAUUAAUUUUCCAAGAGCAUUUUGACAAUUUAGAUCCAAAGAUAUGGAAAAUAGAUGCUCGGAUUCCAACUGACACAGAAGACUCUCCAUUUGUGUCUUUUCAAAAUGAUCCCGAAGUUGUGUACAUUAAGAAUGGCUGGUUAAAUAUCAAACCGAAAUUUCUAUCCAAAGCAUCGGGUUUCAAUGAAUCUUCUUUGAUGACUGGAACUUUAAACAUUGCAGGUUGUUCAGGGAGAGAACAGGAGUGCAUGAGAAAAGCGAAAUUUUCACAGAUCCUGCCUCCAAUCAUUUCUGGAAGAAUUCGGACAAAGCACUCGUUCAACUUCCGCUAUGGAAAAAUUGUUAUAGGAGCUACUAUGCCUAAAGGUGACUGGGUAAUACCAAUGUUGCUAUUGGAAAAUUUGGAAAACUUCUAUGGUCCAUCUAACUAUGCAUCUGGCCAAAUUAGAAUUGCAAGUUUGCGAGGAAAUCAAAUUCUUCGAACCGCUGAAGGCAAGGUCAUUUCUAGUCGGUAUUUAUCGGGUGGAGUUGUACUUGAAGAUCGAGGACCUUUGCAUGAUUCUUGUCUUCGACAUUAUGAUGCAGAAGAACGUGUAUCAGAUGAAUUUCAUAAUUUCACACUUACUUGGACCGAAGACGAUAUUACAGUGGGAAUUGAUGAUUAUGAAUAUGGAAAGAUCGAAGGAGGAUUUUCGCAAUUAUUUGUAAACAAAAGUUCCCCUCCUUACGAUAGCGAUCAUAAAAUGGCGCCUUUUGAUAGAGAAUUCUAUUUAAGUAUUGGAUUAUCUGUUGGUGGCCAUAUAGAUUUUCCAGACUAUUGUAGGAGUGGAGAAGAUCGGGUCAUAAAACCAUGGAUAAAUAAUGAUCCGAAAGCUAUGUUCAACUUUUGGAAAGAUCGACAAAAUUGGAUGAGGUCAUGGGAAAAAUAUGAUACGAAACUUCAAGUAAACUUUAUUUUAGUUUAUGCUUUGUAGAUUUUAUUUUAAUGUUAAUAUGAAGAUACU